UCCUCCGGGCCAGUGGCAGCCGGGCUGGUGGCCCUGCAGGAGCCAGGAGCCGGCUCAGCCCCUCACACCCAUCAUCCAGAGCCUUUCCCAGAGUUGGCAUCUUCCCACUCCUCCUUCCCCGGGAGCGGCUGGAGCCGCCAGGUCUCCAAAGGAAGGAAGAAGUGCCAAGGACAGAAAAUCAAAAUGUUGGUGCUGUCCAACAACACAGCCCUGAACCUGCUCCUCUCCAAACUGCUGCAGAACUGCCUGGAACAGAGCAACAGCUCAGCCCCUCCGCAGGUGAGGAGCACCAGCGAUAACCUGGAGAUCAUCUACGUGCUGCUGAUGCUGGGGCUCUUCGGCUUCUUCACCGUGGGGGUGAUGGUGACCAACCUGCGGGCGCGGCGCCUCGAGGGGCCCCGCGACCCCUACAACACCUACAUCGCCACCGACACCUGGCACAAGAAGGACAGGGAGUACUUCCAGGCCAAGAUCAUCGAGAAUUACAAGCUCUGCUGCGUCCUGGAGAACCAGCUGGCCGUGGAGCAGCCGGGCACGAAGAUCCCCGAGGAGAAAUCUUCCUGAGGACAGGGGGGAAUGGAUUGGCGCGGGGACGGUGUGAGUGGUGCCUGCUGCGGGCCAGGGGAGCUGCUGGCCCUGCUGCAGAGCCUUGGCCAGGCUGAGGGAGCAGUGCUGGUGAAGCUGAUGGAUCUGGGAUAUCCCAGAGCUGCCCCAGAGCCCGGCACCGGCGUCGCCUUGGGAUCGCCGUGAGGCCGACGUCGGGAUCCGCACGGAAUGUCACGGACUCAUCAGCUUCACCUCCCGAGCCAGGGCCUCAGGCUGCCAGGGCAUAGAUGGGAUUUUGGGAAUGAAUCCUGCCCUGGCAGGGUGGGCAGGCCCUGGCACAGGGUGCACAGAGCAGCUGGGGCUGCCCCUGGAUCCCUGGCAGUGCCCAAGGCCAGGCUGGACAUUGGGAGCAGCUGGGACAGUGGGAGCUGUCCCUGCCAUGGGAAUGGGAUGAGUUUUAUCUCCCUUCCAACCCAAACCAUUGACAGACCAAAGACAGAUCUUGGUGGUGUUGGUGUGAAAUUAGAGCCUAAUUAGGACCUAAUUAGAACCAAACACAGGGCAGGGAUGUUAAUUGCCAAGCAUGGCUUAGACAAUAAUUUUCCAGAAAGACCAAAUUCUCCCAAGAAAAAUCAGCUGAAAGAUUUCAUUGGCAUUUCUGUCCAGCUUAGAAGAGUGAUUUUAUAAAUUGUACAACUCUGUCCUAACCUAUUUCCUUCAGAAUCGUGCCCCUCUUAGUGAUAAAACAUUAGGAAAAGUUUCCCAGUUUUUCCCUGAAGAACAUUUCCAUGGAAGAACACAGACUUUGGAGGGAAUUUUAGUGACUGUGAUGGAUGUGGGACGUGGGGACUUGGGUUAAUGCUGGGUUGGACUCCAAGAUCUUGGAAGGCUUUUCCAGCCUCACUGAUUCCAUGAUUCUGAUUCCCAGCAGGUCUCCCAGACUGCUCUUGCUGGGACCACUCAAUUUAAUUUCCUUCCUAUGGAUGGGGCUUGAUCCUGGCAGCAAAAUCCACGAGCAAAGACUGAGCAGCCCACAAGGUCCUUGCCAUGGAUGUGGGUAACAUUCCCAAGUUUCAAUCCCAAUUAAUUAUUGCACAAUUCCCAAGUUCCAGCCCCUGGUUGGGAAGGGAAUUUCCACUGUGGGAAGAACAAUUCCGUGAUUUCUGCUGUUUAAUCACACAGAGGUGAUGUCUGUGCUUAGCUCGGAUUCCCCGAGCAGCUCCUGCAGCUCCCAGGGAUUUAUCCCAAGGAUCCAACACAAAACCCAUGGCAGGAAGGUUUUCCUGCCCUUCCCUCCUCCACAGGUUGAGUCAGGAGGGACAGAGCAGCCACAUUCAGCUGCUGUGGCACCAACCAUCACCUGCCUGUCAAAAGGAGAAAUCCAUCUCCCCUGGACACCGUGUUCCUUAAAAUAACCAGCUUGGAGCUGGUUUGGGAUGAGGGAAACACCAGUCUGGGCAGGAGUGGGGAUUUUAGUUCUGCUCUGCAGAUACAAAUCCCAUUUUUAGCUGCUGGAGAGGAAAGAGAAGUGGGGAAGGCUGGAAAGAGGAGCAGAGCAGCUGUUUCCAAGGGAAGGCGAGGAAGGGAGCUGGGAUAGGGAAGCAAUCCCAGCAGAGCCCUUUUCCAGGCACUUCUUUAGCACUGCACUUUCAUCUGAGUAAUAUUCCAGCUGUGUUUGUGUUCCCAGAACACUCAGGACACUCAAAAUGCUGGCUUGUUUUUUUUUAAAAACAUACUUAUAUAGUGCCUACCAUUAAGCUGAGGACAAGAUCCACGUUUUUGGUGUCUGGAACAGCUUGGAAAAUCUCCAGCAGCUUAAUUAUCCCAGUCACUUUUUCCUCUAGAGGAAUGGAAACCCAAGGUCAGCUUUGGAAAAAUGUUGAUUUCUCAGCUUGGAUGCUGCUCUUUUGGGAUCUCACUGUUCAGGGCUUGCCCUGGGAGAGGAGCUGCAGAGCCAGGCUUAAACUUGUACCAAAAAUUGCCUUUAAUGGCAUUAAACCCUUUAAUGAAUUCAAAACUUUAAUUCAUGAAAACAUUUAAUGACAUGAAAACCUUCCAUGCCAUUAAACCCUUUGAAUGAAGCUCAUGUCCUGGGCUCCCUCCUGCUGCUCUCUGAAUUUUCAGGGAUUUUGGAUCAUUUUAUUUCCAUACCUCCAGGGGGGUUAUUUGUGAGGAGAGGGAUUCUCAGCAUUAAUUGUAUCCCAUUUUUUUUUUCCUUUUAGCAUCUCUAUCCUUUUAUUUAAUUGAAAUGAAAAAGGAGAGGGGGUCUCAUAGCUCAGCUUUGCUGUGCCACCCUCACCCCUCGGUGCCUCCUGUGCAUUCCCACCGUGGGCUUGCACCUUUCAGCCUUGGAGUUCUCCUUCCCCCCUGGUUUUUUCACUUGUACAAAGCAAUAAAAUCGGAGUU